CAAACGAGUGCAAGUUGUGUUUGUAGUCCAAGUCUGUUCGUGAAUAUAGAAUUGAUAUGCAACUCUUUUCGUGUUUGUUUCUGCUUUUGGCAGUUUCCCAGUUGAUUCUGGCUUCUGCCAUCACAUUCAUAUUGGGAGCACAGCAAAAACAGUGCUACUAUGUUUUCACCAGCAAGCCUGAGACCCAGAUUGGGUACUAUUUCGCCGUUCAAGCCGGUGGCCAGUUCGACGUUGACUACACCAUCAAGAAUCCCUCUGGCGAAAUCAUUGUUUCUGAAGAUAAACAGAGACAGGGUGACUUUGUUUUCACCGCUCACGCUGUAGGUGAAUACGAGUUCUGCUUCGCCAACGGCAUGUCGACCUUUGCUGAAAAGGUCGUCGAUUUCGAAAUCAAGUUUGAAAACGACGACAAUGCCAAUAGCUUCAAGGCAUCCAUGCCACAACAACCCAACACCAAGCCUAUUGCCCAUGUUGAAAGUAUGCAAAAGGUUGUGGACAAGAUUGACGAACAAUUGGAUGGUCUCUCGAGAACAUUACAGUACUACAAGACCAGAAACAACAGAAAUCAGGCUACCGUCAAGUCCACGGAAAACAGAAUAUACUACUUCUCCAUUUUCGAAGUGUUGUUGAUGGUGGGUAUGGCCUUCUUGCAGAUCACUAUUGUCCAGUUCUUCUUCAAGGGCUCCAGAAAGCAGUUGGUCUAGAGGUUAUGGCAUUGUACAGUUAGUCUAAUCGAACAAAAGAUC